ACAGUAACGCGUAGCAUUUCUGUGAUGUGCAUUUGAUUCUCAAACAUUAGGGUUCAUACAUUUCAUUCUUAUAGAGAUUCUCAAUUCACGCACUCUCACCUUAUUGAAAGAAUAAUAUAUCUAAGUUAAUAAAAUAAAAAAAUAAAAUUGAAUGAAAUAACAGAAAAUGAAAAAGGGUGAGAGAAAUUGAGGUGGUGUUGGGUUUUGUAUGGAAACUCGUAGCCGGAAGAGGGCGGAGGGUUCCUCAGCUGCCCCUUCAUCAUCAUCAUCGACAACCACUGCUCGCAUCACUCGUUCAGCUUCAACCAAACGCACUCGUCUCUCUUCGAUCUCCAACGCUACUUCUCUUUCCGUUAACACUCGCUCUCGUUCAUCCAUCAAUAAUUCUGCUUCUGGUUCUUCAAUGGAACCUCUUCCUGUUAACGAAUCCUCCUCCGGUUCGCGCCGUGAUCGCCGCGGUAGGAAUAAUUCCGAUAGGGAUAAUUCUGAUAAAGGUAAAGAGAAAGAACAUGAUGUUAGGGUUAGGGAUCGGGACCGGAGAUUGGUCGGUUUAAACAUUGUUAGCGGAGGUGGUGCUGAUGAUGACGAUGAUGAGAGUGAUGGUGAUGGUGAUGGUGAGGAUGGAAUCAUGCAUGAGAAUUUGAACUCUGCUAGUAGCGCACUUCAGGGGCUUCUUAGGAAACUCGGUAUUGGAUUUGAUGAUCUGAUUCCGAUGAGUGGUUCUGGAUCUUCGUCGUAUCAGGAUGGAAGGUUCAAGAAGAUUUUGUCUGCUUUGCGUGCUGAUGGGGAAGAAGGUCCUCAAGUUGAGGCAUUGACGCAGCUAUGUGAAAUGCUUUCUAUUGCUUCUGAAGAUUCACUCAGUUCAUUCUCUGUUGAUUCCUUUGUUCCUGUGCUCGUUGGGUUGCUUAACCACGAGAGCAAUCCUGAUGUCAUGCUUCUAGCUGCCAGGGCGUUAACUCAUCUCUGCGAUGUGCUUCCGUCAUCUUGUACUGCUGUUCUGCAUUAUGGUGCAGUGCCAAUCUUCUGUGCCAGAUUGCUUACCAUAGAGUAUAUGGACUUGGCCGAGCAGUCUCUUCAAGCGUUAAAGAAGAUUUCUCAGGAGCACCCGACUGCAUGUCUUCGAGCUGGUGCUCUGAUGGCCGUUCUUUCUUAUUUGGACUUCUUCUCUACUGGAGUUCAGAGGGUGGCAUUGUCGACUGCUGCUAAUAUGUGCAAGAAGCUUCCUUCUGAUGCAGCUGACUUUGUGAUGGAAGCUGUUCCUCUUUUGACAAACCUUCUUCAGUAUCAUGAUGCCAAGGUUCUUGAGCAUGCCUCCAUAUGUCUGACUCGAAUAGCUGAGGCAUUUGCAUCAUCCCCAGACAAAUUAGAUGAAUUGUGCAAUCAUGGACUGGUGGCACAAGCUGCCUCCCUAAUUUCUACUAGUAGUUCUGGAGGUGGACAGGCUUCUCUCGGCAUGUCAACAUAUACUGGCUUGAUCCGACUUCUUUCCACAUGUGCAAGUGGGUCCUCUCUUGGAGCUAAAACAUUGUUUCUCCUUGGAAUUAGUGGCAUUCUUAAAGAUAUACUAUCUGGUUCUGGAGUUUCCUCCGACGCCUCUGUUUCACCUGCAUUAAAUAGGCCAGCAGAUCAGAUAUUUGAGAUUGUGAACCUGGCAAAUGAACUUUUGCCUCCGUUGCCUCAAGGAACCAUGUCUCUUCCAGUCAUAUCAAACGUGGUUUUGAAAGGGCCUGAUGUGAAAAGGUCUCCUGCUAGCAGUUCUGGGACACAAGAAGACCCAACUGAAAUUGUUCAUGAGAUAUCAGCUCGAGAGAAAAUACUAAAUGACCAGCCUGAGCUACUUCAGCAAUUUGAGAUGGAUCUCCUCCCAGUUUUGAUGCAGAUAUAUGGUUCCAGCGUCAAUGGUUCUGUUCGCAACAAAUGUCUCUCUGUCAUUGUAAAAUUAAUGUAUUUCAGCACAGCUGAGAUGAUCCAGUCUUUGUUAAGUGUGACUAAUAUAUCAAGUUUCUUAGCUGGUGUUCUAGCAUGGAAAGAUCCACAUAUUUUGGUUCAUGCCUUGCAAAUUGCAGAAAUUCUUAUGGAAAAGCUUCCUGAUACAUUCUCUAAGAUGUUUGUCAGAGAAGGUGUGGUCCAUGCAGUUGACCAACUUAUUGUUGCUGGAGAGUCGAUCAGUAUCACUACUACACAAACCUCUUCCAGGGAGAAGGAUAAUGAUUCCAUAUCUGGAGCAUCAUUUCACCGUAAGCACUAUCACCUACGCAGUGGUAACUUAAAUCCCGACGAAAGUCUCCUGGACGAUUUGAAGAGUCCAGUUCCAGUAAAUGCGAGCGGGCCACCAUGUUCUGUGGAAACUCCAACAGUUAACUCAAGCAUUCGCUCAUCUGUUAGCUCAGCUGCUAAAACUUUUAAAGACAGGUACUUUCCUUCUGUUCCGGGGACUGUUGAAGUGGGUGUUAGUGAUGAUCUUUUGCACCUGAAAAAUCUUUGCAUCAAGUUGAAUACUGGCGUUGAUGACCAAAGAACUAAGGCAAAGGGGAAAGUUAAAGCUUCUGGAUUUGGUCAGGACAAAAAGUCUGCUAAUUUAGAAGAUUAUUUGAUUGGGGUGAUUUCUGACAUGCUAAAAGAGCUUGGCAAAGGAGAUGGUGUGUCUACUUUUGAAUUUAUUGGAAGUGGUGUUGUUGAAGCUUUGCUUAAUUACUUUUCUUGUGGGUAUUAUUCAAAACAUCGAAUCUCAAAAACCAAUAUUCUCAAGCUUCGGCAACUAGCACUUAUGAGGUUUAAGUCAUUUGUUGCUGUUGCACUACCUACUAACACUGAUAAUAGGGUUGCUGCUCCUAUGACUAUCUUGGUUCAGAAGCUUCAAAAUGCUUUGUCUUCCUUGGAGCAUUUUUCUGUUCUUUCUUCUGGACAAAGUGCUUCAUCUCAGCCCUACAAGUUGCGUCUCUGUCGAGCCCAGGGUGAAAAGUCACUUAAAGAUUAUUCAUCAACCAUUGUAUUGAUUGAUCCCUUAGCGAGUUUAGCAGCAAUCGAGGAGUUUCUGUGGCCCCGUGUCCAGCGUGGUGAAUCUGCUCAAAAGUCUACUGUACCUGUUGGGAAUUUGGCAUCUGGAACAACUCCUACAGGAGCAGGUGCUUCAUCUCCUUCCGCUCGUACUCCCUCCAUUGCCCAUCGUCAUUCUACUAGAUCUAGAACUUCUGUUAGUAUAGGAGAUACUUCUAGAAAAGAACUAUCUCGAAAUAAAAGCAUGAGCUCAUCUAAGGUCAAGGGCAAAGCUGUAUUUAAGCCUGCACAGGAGGAAGCAAGAGGACCCCAAACAAGGAAUGCUGCACGGAGAAGAGCAGAUCUCAACAAAGACGCUUUCAUGAAACCAACAAAUGGUGACUCAACGUCUGAGGAUGAAGAAUUGGAUAUAUCUCCUGUUGAGAUUGAAGAUGAUGAUAUUUCAGAUGAUGAUAUUUCAGAGGAUGAUGAGGAUGACCAUGAAGAUGUUCUGAGGGAUGAUUCUCUUCCUGUUUGCUCUCCUGACAAAGUACAUGAUGUGAAAUUAGGAGACCCAGCGGAGGAGAGUACCUUGGCCGCUGUAACAAAUGAUAGCCUGACUAAUGUAGCUUUAGGUUCUAGCAGCAAAGCUGGUACAGCCAGGGAGUCUGACUCUGCUGAUUUUAAGAGUGGCCAUUCAUCUAGCUCAAGGGGUGCAACGUCGUUUGCCGCUGCUGCCAUGUCAGGACUUGGAUAUGCUAAUACAAGAGGUUUCAGGGGUGGCAGAGAUAGACAUGGACGGCUGUUGUUUGGAAGUUCCAAUGAGCCUCCGAAAUUGAUUUUUACUGCUGGUGGGAAACAGCUCAAUAGAAAUCUGACUGUAUAUCAGGCAGUUCAAAGACAGCUUGUGAUAGAUGAAGACGACGAUGAUAGGUUUGCUAGAAGUGAUUUGGUUUCCAGUGAUGGAAGUGGACCGUGGGGUGAAACUUGCACCAUCACUUAUCAGAGGGCUGAAAAUCAGACUAACAGAGAUCCUACUGGAGUAUCAAGUUCAAAUACUUUGAAGGCUGCCAAAUCUGGGUCUUCCUCUAAUUUCAGUUCAGAAGGUAAGUUGCAUCAGACGUCAGUUCUAGACAGUAUAUUGCAGGGAGAAUUGCCUUGUGAUCUAGAGAAAUCUAAUCCAACCUACAACAUUCUGGCACUACUGCGCGUGUUGGAAGGUUUGAACCAGCUUGCGCCUCGUCUAAGGGCCCAAAUGGUUAAUGACCGAUUUGCUGAGGGAAAAAUCUUUGAUUUUGACGAGCUAGGUGUUACCGCUGGUGCUAGGGUGUCUCCAGAGGAAUUUGUAAGUAGCAAGAUUACUCCAAAAUUGGCUCGGCAAAUACAGGAUGCACUUGUACUGUGCAGUGGCAGUCUUCCCUCGUGGUGUAACCAGUUGACUAAAGCAUGCCCUUUCUUGUUUCCUUUUGAGACUCGACGACAGUACUUUUAUUCAACUUCCCUCGGGUUAUCUCGUGCACUCAAUCGACUUCAGCAGCAACAAGGUGCUGAGGGUCUAGGAUCAACAACUGAAAGAGCGAUGAGGGUAGGGAGAUUGCAACGCCAAAAGGUCCGUGUAUCUCGAAAUCGGAUUUUGGACUCUGCUGCAAAAGUUAUGGAGAUGUAUUCUAGCCAAAAAGCUGUGCUUGAAGUGGAAUAUUUUGGUGAAGUUGGCACUGGCCUGGGCCCCACCCUUGAGUUUUAUACCAUUCUAAGUCACGAAUUACAAAAAGUUAGACUGCAAAUGUGGAGGUCUUAUUCUUCAGAGAAACAUCAAAUGGAGGUUGAUGGAGAUAAAAAGAAAAUGAAAAGCUGCGAAGGCUAUGGUCUUAAUGUCCCUGGAGAUGGUGAACUAGUGCAAGCUCCUACAGGGUUGUUUCCUCGGCCAUGGCCUACAAAUGCUGAUGCAUCAGAGGAUAGCCAGUUUACAAAAGUGGUUGAAUAUUUUCGGAUGCUAGGUCGUGUGAUGGCUAAAGCUCUUCAAGAUGGACGCCUAUUGGAUCUUCCAUUGUCAGUGGCAUUUUAUAAGCUUAUUCUUGGUCAAGAUCUUGAUUUGCAUGACAUUGUUUUCAUUGAUGCGGAGCUUGGGAAGACUUUGCAAGAGUUGAAUGCCAUUGUUCGGCGCAAGCAACAUAUAAAAGUUAUUUGUGUUAACUCUACUGAUGCUAACACUGACUUUGUAUUUCGUGGCACCCAAAUUGAAGAUCUCUGUUUGGACUUUACACUUCCUGGUUAUCCAGAAUACAUAUUGAAACCAGGAGAUGACAUAGUUGAUAUCAACAAUUUGGAGGAGUACGUAUCCCUGGUGGUUGACGCAACUGUCAAUAAUGGAAUCACACGACAAAUGGAUGCAUUCAGAGCAGGGUUUAACCAGGUUUUUGACAUUUCGUCUUUACAAAUUUUUAAUCCCCAAGAACUGGAUAAUUUGCUUUGCGGUCGCCGAGAGUUGUGGGAGGCAGAGACACUUACUGAUCAUAUAAAGUUCGACCAUGGAUACACUGCUAAGAGCCCUGCCAUUGUUAAUUUACUUACAAUUAUGGGAGAGUUCACUCCGGAACAACAGAGGGCCUUCUGUCAGUUUGUUACUGGUGCGCCCAGGCUCCCACCUGGUGGGCUGGCAGUUCUAAAUCCAAAACUAACAAUUGUGAGGAAGCUGUCGUCGACUGCAGUAAAUACUUCAUAUAAUGGGAUUGUGCAUUCAGAAUCAGCAGAUGAUGACUUGCCCAGUGUUAUGACAUGUGCUAAUUACUUGAAGCUUCCUCCUUAUUCUACCAAGGAAAUUAUGUACAAAAAGCUACUCUAUGCAAUCAGUGAAGGCCAGGGAUCCUUUGAUUUAUCGUGAGUUUCUAGAACUAACCAACCUAACUGUGGAUGUUAAUAGAGGAAUCACAGUUUGCGCUUGGGGCUCUGUUAUCUAUGUUUUGCAUGUCCUGCCCUCGCUUCUAAAAUAAUGGGACUCCUUAUCGCCAUCCCCAAUGCAAAGUUGUGGCGUAGUUCAGUUUGUGAACAGUUCAUGUCUUUUCUUCAAGAUAAUUUGGAGGCUCUUUCUUCAAUGCAGAGGCAGGGGAAUCGGGUUGCCAUAUUUUCAAGGGGCAAGGGAAUUUAAGAUGCUAUUUUUUCAAUGUUAACUGAUAGAACGUGUAAAUAAAUAGGAAUUUGAUUUUUGUUUUAAAUGCUUUAUUAUUCUGUUCGUAAGUCAAAUAAUUUGUAAUCACUAUGUAAGAAAUGAUGUAAGAAAGAAUGACAAAGGGAAGAUAAAUAAUUUCAAAUUUUA